UGCUGCAAACACCUUGUCUCCGGACUGAGGAAGGUUCUACUGCUCCGUGUGCUGCGCUGUGACCCGCUGCCCGGAGCCCGGAGCCUUGAGGAGAGCCAGGCGAGCUCGGAACCCGCCAUGGAUAUAUUGACCUAUGAGGAUGUGCAUAUGAAGUUCACGCAUGAAGAGUGGGCUUUGCUGGAUCCUUCCCAGAAGAGUCUCUACAAAGAUGUGAUGCUGGAAACCUACUGGAACCUCACUUCUAUAGGUACACCAUCUUCAAAGACACACAAAUAUCCAAUACUCAAGAGGAUCACAUUUGGAUCUGAUUCGUCUUUAAAAGUACAUCAAAGAACUCAUUUGGAAGUAAAAAACUAUGAAUAUAAUCAAAGAAUUAAACCCUUUUCAUGUCACAGUCUCGAUCAAGUAUGUAAAACUCAUACCAGAGAAAAAACACAUGGAUAUCCUCAAUGUGAUACAGCCAUUGCACACACCAGUUAUCUUCUAAUACACGAAAGAACUCCUACUGGGGAGAUACCUCAUAAGUGUAAUCAAUGUGGUAAAACCUUUGCACAGAAGAGUCAUCUUCUCAGACAUGAAAGAAUUCAUACUGGAGAGAAACCCUAUGAAUGUAGUCAGUGUGCUAAAGCCUUUGGACAUAAAUGUGAUCUUCAAGUACAUGAAAGAACUCAUACUGGAGAGAAACCCUAUGGGUGUAAUCAUUGUGGGAAAGCCUUUGCCUAUAAAAAUCAACUUCAAGUACAUGAAAGAAUUCAUACUGGGGAGAGACCCUAUGGAUGUAAUCACUGUGGUAAAACCUUUGCACGUAAAAGUCGUCUUAAAAUACAUGAAAGAAGUCAUACUGGAGAGAAACCUCAUGGACAUAAUUAAUGUGGUAAAGCUCUAUAAUAUAUUGUAUUCCACAAAUGUGGGAUAAUUUGAAUAAAAAACCUAAUUUGCAAAUGAAAACAAUAUUUAUGCUGUCAUCCAUUAUGUUUGGGUAGUGUUACUUUAUUCUGGGGACUAAAUACUUGUUCCUCAUAUUUUCUAAGAAUGCCAAAGAAUUUUACCGGUGAGUAAAUGUGAUCAUUGCUAAGCAUGAUGGCCAGAAUUCAUUCUCUGGGAAACCCACAUUUCUCCUACAGGUUCUUCACUGCACUUGUGUUGUAUGCACACUAACACACCAGCACAUACGUAAAUAUGUUUGAAGCUGAAAUCAGAGCCAGUGAGUUCACUCACUCAGUUAAGUUUAGGGGACUUAACUGCCAAGCAGGACUACCCUAGUUUCAUUUCUAGUACUCACAUAGAGGAACUAGAGACCAGAUACCUGUAAAUUGUCUUCUGACUGGCACGUGGACACCAUGGCACUGUUGUUUAUACACAGUAAUUCUUUUUAUUUUUGGAGACAUUGCUUAGCAGUGAAGGCUUCAUAGUCCUGAAACUCAUUCUGUAGAUAAGGCUGACCUCAGUCUCAGGGAUAUCAAUGUUCCUCUGCUUCCCAUGUGUAGGGCUUACAGGUGUGCCAGCACCACCCAGCCAGAGUUAAAAAUGUUUUAAAACAGGAAUGAUAUUAUCCUUUGAAAUCAAUUCAUUGAAAAAUUCCUAGAACCAUUACUGUUUAUUUAAAAUAUAUAAUGUUUCUUGUUUAAGUCUUAUAUUAUCCUUUCAUUGUCUGAUUCAAAGUUGGGUCAUUUAAAAAAAAAUCUCUCCUGGGUAUAGUGUUAUGGUCUUAUAAUCCCAGAACUUGGAAAAGAAAGUCAAGAAAAUCUGAGUUUUGAGGCCAGUUGGGUCAGAUAUUGUGUUCCAGGAUGGCCAUAGUUAUAGAGAGAGAUCUUGUCUCAAAAAAGGAAUCUGAUGUCUGCUUUACCCAAGAACCCAGGCUCAGUUCUCAGCACCCACUUCAUUAAUGACUUAUGACAGCCAGUGAAAAUGCUAAUUUCAUUUAUGAAUUCCUUCCUAUACCCAGGAUCUCCAAAUGUUAUUUCCAGUGUCAUCAAAAUGAAAAUGUUUAGCAUCUGAUUGUGGAAUAAGCAAUCUAUUUAAAACUAUAGAAGGAGAAUUGGCAUUGUACUGUCUUUACAAAUUAUCCUGAGAGGCAAAAAUAACUCCAGUUAUUUGAAUUUCAAACAAGUGAGGCAUUUGUGCAUCAUGUGUAUUCUUCACUGCCUUCAAACUUAUUUCUCCCAUUAAAUUGUCUCCUGUGGUGUUAUAGCACUAGAGGAUAAGCCUUUGCAAUGGAUUUAUUUACAGGAUAAAGGUCAGAAAUUAUUAACUAGCAAAUGGGAUCUUUAUAACUUUGUUUAUCUUCAACAAAAUAUCAGAUUGCCAUACUAUAUGAUGACAUUAUAUUGAAUGGAUCAAGUGAGCAGGAGGUAGUAACCACACUGAACUCUUUAGUAACACAUGCCCAGCAGAGGAUGGGACAUAAAUCCAACCAAAAUUCAAGGGCCUUCUACCUCAUUAAUAUUCUUAGAAGUCUAGUACUGUGUGACAUGCAGUGAUAUUCCUGCUAAGGUGAAGGACAAAUUAUUACACUUGUCCCCCUUCUACCACUAAGAAAGAAGCACAACACUUAGUGUCUCUGUUUGGGACACUAAGUUGAUUCAUAGAACAGAUCUUUGGGAUGCUGGAAUAUGGCUCCACCAUCUGUAAACAAAUGUUUGCUUUUAGAGACAGCUAUUGGCCAGCUAUUCAGCCUUAGUGAAAACUGAACAUUUGACAAUGGGCCACCAUGUUACUAUCCAACCUGAGCUUCCUGUACAUAAGAAGAUGGAUAUUAUCUGUCCCAUCAAACCAUAAAUUAGAAUGUUUGCAGCAUCAAUCCCUUAUUAAAUGGAAGUGAUAUAUUUAUGAUUUGGCUGAGCAUAUCCUGAAGGCACAAGCAAGUUACAUAGAAAGUUGCCUUAAUGCCUUAGGUUUCUUGUCACAUUACAAUUCCCUCUGCUGCUAAGAUGUGCUGUAUAGACUGUGGGAGGUUGGUGGGGCCUAGAAUGGUUGGUACCAGAGAGGGGGCCUGGAGUGUUGGGUUGCUGCUGUGGGCACAGCAACAGGUUGGGAAGGGUGGUGUAAGCGGCUGGGGGAUUAAACAGGUUGGAUCAGGUUGGAGACAUAGAUGGGUGUUAAAGUUUGGCGAACUUAGGAGGAGGAUUGGAAUAGGGGCAUUUAUCACAUUGGGUGGAGCCACUACUGACAGGGGUAGGUUGUACAGGGCCACAUCCAAGAAAAGUCCAGCAGGGCAGAGGCUGGGAAAAGGAACCACAAGUGCUGAGGUGGGUAGAACCAAGACAGGUGAAAUGGGCUUGAUAAGUUUGGCCAGGCCAACCCUAACAUGCCAGAGCUUUACACAGGCAUUUACAGGUGCAUUUACAACACCUUUGGCACAGAGGAUUCCCACAAACCCAAACACCCAUGAAGACUUCUCCAAACACACAUGCGAAGAUGACAACCAUGCUGACACAUGCAUCACACAUGCCCUACACAUCAAUAUACCGCUCUCAGAUACAUACCAUAAACAUACUCCCAUAGUUCGUAAUAGGUACAGUUAGAGACAGCAAGCUGGGACAGCCAAUUCUGUGGCCUGAUGCCAACACUAGCUACCUAUGUUUGCUCCCCCAUAUGAUGGAAGGAGAGAACCAAUUCUCAAGCAAUUCUCUGGCUACCACCUCUGCACUGUGACGUGUACAGCUACCUGCAAAUACAAAAAAUAAAUAAAAUGUGUCAAAAAUCUUUACAAGUACAUAAUUAUACACACAUUUACAGAGAUAUUAUCUAUUUGGGGAGGUACUAGGAUUCAAACCGAGAACCUUGAUAAUGCAUCUCUCCAUUUGAGUUGCAGCCAGGAAGUACUGGGGCACAUGGGAAGACACCCUACCAGGCCAUAUGACCUAGCUGCAGAGGCAGCUACUGGAGCUUGCUUCCAGGCAUGAGAAAAGAAGGGGAGAUCUUACACAUGAAUUGCUCCUGCCACUAUGCUCUCCUGAAGGUAUUUCCACAUCAUGGGCACCUUUCUGCAUACGAGGGCACUGUUCAUUAAACAAAAAGGGGUUGGACCUCCUAAAACUUUGGAGUUACAGAUGUGAGCCACCAUGUGAAUGCUGGAAACUGAACUGUGUUUUCUUCAAAAAGUACUAAAGUAUUGAAUCAUCUCUCAUCCCUUUUUAUUUCUUUUAAGAUUUAACUUAUUAUUCUUUUAUUUGUGUCUGUACCUACAUAGUACUGUGCAAAAGUAAGAUGGCAGCCUGUGGGACCAAGUUCUCUCAACCUGUGGGUCUUAAGGACCAAACCUGCCAUGCUUGGUCUACAAGCACCUUUACCUGAUGAACCAUCCCAUGACAUCCACUGAGCCAUGAUCUUUUUGUUAAUCAUUGUUCUGGGGUGUUAGUUUUUAAAACAGGCUCUUGAAGUCCAGGCUGACUUUGGAAUCAUGACUUUUCUUAGCCCACUGGGACGACAUGCCUUGUGCAUGCAGAGGCAUAAACAUGCUGGGCCAGUACACACUAUCUACCCAAUGAGACCCAUCUGAAAUAAAAACAUUGAAUUGUCCCACUUGGUAAUACACAGGUACACACUGAGAUUCUUUCUCAACAAACAAACAAAAAACAAAACCCUACAAAUAAAAAAAAAAUUUAAAGAUCAUGUAUCUGUUUUGAGAGGGUUUUUUUUCUUUUUUUAUUGAUUUUUACUGAGUUCUACAUUUUUCUCUGCUCCCCACCCUCCUAGCCUCUUCCUGUUGUGGGAGCUCCUUCGGCUCCUUCAGCCAAUAGCCGCUGAGAUACUAGCCCAUUGGGGCGUGGUCUCUCUCCCUUUAAAAAAGUGGCCACUUCCCUCCAAUCGCUCUCUGGCUUCCAGGUCCACUUCCGGCGACUAGGCUCCUUUCCUGAUUGUGCAGAGGGCUGUCAUCUGGGACAGUGAUCUGUAAGUUUUUCCCCCUUAAAUAAAUAACCAUUCUAUUAAUCAUAGUUCCAAACUGGUGUGGGAUUGUUUGUGACUUACGCCUUCAUCUUCCCUCCCCUUCAACCCUCUCCCAAGGUCUCCAUGCUCCCAAUUUACUCAGGAGAUCUUGUCUUUCUCUACUACCCUGUAGAUUAGAUCUAUGUAUGUCUCUCUUAGGGUCCUCAUUGUUGUCUAGGUUUUCUGGAAUUGUGAUUUGUGCGCUGGUUUUCUUUUCCUUUUUCUUUUUCUUUUUUUUUUUUUUUUUUUUGAGGGUUUAUGGAUAAUCCAGGAUUUAUAAGGCAGAUUAUAUUGUUUUGCAAUACUAAUUUGGUUUGAAAUAACAAAUAAUAAUUUAAGUGUAUUGAUUUUGCCUCCCCAGUUAAGUUCUAGACAAAGCAAAGAAGACUUAGUUAUGAUUACAGAUCCAAAUAUGAAUGUCAUUUUUAUAGACUGAAUGUUUGUGUCCCUCUCAAAUUCACAUAUGGAAAUUUUUUUCAUUCAAAUAUUUACACUUCCUUCCCUCCUCCCAAUCCCCACCCACUCCCUCACUCCCUCUCCUUCCUCCCCCUCCCUGCUUGAGAGAGGGCAGGAAACCCUGGUGGGUUGGUUAUCUUUGAUUUAUGUUUAAGAACUACUUAUGAGUGAGUACAUGUGAUAAUUAACUUUCUGGGUCUGGGUUACCUCACUCAGAAUGAUGUUUUCUAGCUCCAUCCAUUUUCCUGCAAAAUUCAAGAUGUAGGGUUUUUUUCUGCUGUGUUAUACUCCAUUGUGUAAAUAUACCACAUUUUCCUUAUCCUUUCUUUAGUUGAAGGGUAUUUAGGUUGUUUCCAGGUCCUGGCGAUGACAAACAAUGCUGCUAUGAACAUAGUUAAGCACAUGUCCUUGUGGCAUGAUCAACCUUUGGGUCGGAGCUUCAUCACGUCUGCCCUGGGGAGCAGCAGCAUGGCAUCUGUCUGAGGCAUCUUACCUCACUUCCUCUUUCUCCCAGCAUUCUGUUCUGUUUACUCCACCUACCUAUGUUCUAACCUAUCAGGCCAAGCAGUUUCUUUAUUAACCAAUGACCUUCCUUCAUCAGCUGUUGUUUUGUUGAUCAUGUCCUUUGCUUUACGGAAGCUUUUCAGUUUCAGAAUGUCCCAUUUAUUAAUUGUUUCUCUUAGUGUUUGUGCUGCUGGGGUUAUAUUUCGGACGUGGUCUCCUGUGCUCAGGCAUUCAAGUGUACUUCCCACUUUCUCUUCUAUAAGGUUCAGUGUGGCUGGCUUUAUCUUGAGGUCUUUUUUCCAUUUGGACUUGAGUUUUGUGCAUGGUUAUAGAUAUGGGUCUAUUUUCAUUCUUUUACAUGUUGAUAUCCAGUUAUGUCAGCACCACUUGUUAAAAAUGCUUUCUUUUUUCCACUUGAUAUUUUUUGCUUCUUUUUCAAAAAUCAGAUGUUCAAAAGUAUGUAGAUUAAUAUUCAAGUCUUCGAUUUGGUUUCAUUGGUCUUCCUGUUUGUUUUUAUGGUAAUACCAGGCUGUUUUCAGUACUAUAGCUCUGUAGUAAAGUUUGAAGUCAGGCGUUGUGAUGCCUCCAGAAGUUCCUUUGUUGUACAGGAUUGUUUUGGCUAUUCUGUGUUUUUUUUUUGUUUGUUUGUUUGUUUGG